UGGUGAUUUUCGUGUCACUUUUGAAUUUUAUCAGAGUAAAUCAGGUUAUAAAUUCGAGGCGGGUUCAAGUCGUGUAUAAUGUUGUCACAAGUCCCACCCUCCCACAGCAACGGUCCCGAUUUGUUUGUUAAGCAAACAUCGUUCGGGAGUGCCAUCGUGCUCGAAGAAAAGUUGUUAAAACCCUUGAAGCUACUUGAAACUUCCACAACUAUGUGGAGAAGAAGGCUCUCCACGCACCUCACUGCUCUCUCUCUCCCCGCUUCCUUCAGUUCGCCACUCACCGCCGCCUCUUCUUCUACGACGUCGUUUCGCCCCAUCUUCUCUCUCCUAUCUCGUCAUUUCACCGCGCCUUCUGAUUAUGCAGCAGGAGCAACUGAAUCUGAGAAUGUAGGUAUUAGUAAAAAAACAGUCGGUGAUGUGAAGCGCGAGGAGCUCGAAGCCUUGCUUGAUGGACAUCAAAUUCGGGAUGUAGACUAUCCUGAAGGUCAUUUCGGCACAAAGAAGUCACCCGCUUUAAUUAAAUCAUACUAUGAUAAAAGAAUUAUCGGAUGCCCUGGACCUGAUGGAGAGGACGAGCAUGAUAUCGUUUGGCUCUGGUUAGAAAAGGGAAAGCCCCGCGAGUGCCCGGUAUGUUCACAGUAUUUUGAGUUGGAAGUUGUCGCUGGCCCGGGAGGAUCUCCGGAUGGGCAUGAUGAUGAGAAUCAACACUAAUCAUAAUUUAAUAAGUCUUUUCUUGCUGGAAAAUCUGGUAAUUGAAUCAACCCCUUCCAUGGACUCCGCGGAAGCCUCUAUCAUUUGCUCGACUGCUCGGGUAAUUUCCGCUUAAGGUGUUUUAAUCACCUUUCAAUGACUCCCUCUUAGCCAAAGAUGUUAUGACAAGGAGUCAAGGACUGCUUGGGUAGUUGGGCGUUUUAAUCACCUUUCAAAGGCUCCUUCUUAGUCAAAGAUGUUUAUGACAAGGAGAAAGUGAGAGCAUAAGAAUAGGUAGACUAUAAUGUCCAAGAAGACACUCUUUCCCAUUUAUGGGUGUUAUGACGGCCAUGGACAUGUUUUGUAAGAUAAUAGAUUGUAUAUUUUUUUUCUUUCCUAUUCAUGGGUGUUAUGACAGUCAUGAACAUGUUUUGUAAAAUAAUAUACUAUAUACUUUUUCCCAUUAGUCUCUGUGCAAAAUAUAUUUGAGAUUUAAGGUCUUCCCAAAA